UCCAUAACUGUGAUAGUUAGACGAUAGUCUUAGUCUUUGUACUAAGGAUCUAAGGGUAGCUUAGGUGAAUGGGCCAAGAAAGAAUAUUGCUGGGCUCGGUUCCUAGAGGUUCAACUCUUAAUGGGCUCGGUUUUGGACAAACAAAAAAAAAAGCUGUCUAAGUCUUAACGUGAUUUUGCAAGAAGAUACAAAAAUGACCAAAACAUGAUUUUGCAAGAAGAUACAAAAAUGACCCAAACGCCUGCAUAGAAGCAAUCUAAAUCAUUUUGUUUUAAAUCCCUUAGAAAAUGCUUACUUUUAAAAAAUGUUUUUGAUAAAAAUAAGACAUUCUUUAUUCAUUUUCCCUAUUAUAUAAGUAGUUGCCUAUACAUGUAAAUUUGUAAGAUAUCCUCUAGUCUUAGUCACCGGAACAAAACUAGUUUGGCAAAAAAGAAAAUUGAAAUGUGGAUAUCAGACACGCACGUCUCUUCCCCAAGCCCCUCAAACACUCACACUCGCUAUAAGUCAUCCAAGGAUUUGUGAAGCCACAAUAUUCUCGACCCUUGAUUUAUACAUUUCUUACACAAUUUAGUUAGAUCGAUAGCAAUAAUAUUUAUCUUUGAUCUAUGGAGGGUUCGUCCGAAGGGUUAAGAAAAGGUGCAUGGACUGCUGAAGAAGAUAGUCUCUUGAGGCAAUGUAUUGAUAAAUAUGGAGAAGGCAAAUGGAACAAACUUCCUUUAAGAGCUGGGUUAAACCGAUGCAGUAAGAGCUGUAGAGAAAGAUGGUUGAACUACUUAAAGCCAAGUAUCAAAAGAGGAAAAUUUGGCUCGGACGAAGUUGAUCUUCUCCUUCGCCUUCAUAAGCUUUUAGGAAAUAGGUGGUCACUCAUUGCUGGUAGAUUGCCUGGUCGAACCGCUAAUGAUGUCAAGAAUUACUGGACCACUCAUUUCGGUAAGAAGCAAGAACCGUGUUGUACUAGCAAAACAAGAAAGAGAUAUAUUACUUGUUCAGCUGCCUCACCAGCCCAAAAACUUAGUGUUAUAAAGCCUCGACCUCAAUCAUACAACCGCUGCAGCCAGCUUAUCGGGCAAAAAGAAGUUGAGCUUGGCGAAGUAAGCAACAAAGAUGGUAGUAUCACAUAUAACAAAGAUAAGUUUAUGAACAGUCUAAUGGAUGGAGAGAGUAUGUGGUGGGAGAGUCUGCUGGAAGAGAGCCAAGUCGCAGAUGGAAUGGGUCCCGUAGCUACUACGACCAAUGAGGCAGACAAUUUUUUUAUCAAUUCAAUGUUUUCAACGUUAGACGUUGAGCAACUUUGGAGUCUGUUCAAUUCAGAUACUAGAGAGGUUGAUAAGGUGCUAUAUGAAUUCAACAAUGACAAUGAUCAAAGGAUCUGAUCGUUUGGUAAUAAAUUCACAGGAGAACUCAGCCAUUCAUCUGUCAUCACUUGGUUUGUUUUGUUUGGCUAUAUGUGUUAUGUGCUUAGAUAUUUACUAUAUGCUUUGAUGUCCAAGUAACUUGUAUGUUCUUAAUUAUUUA